GUUCAUUCCUGUAUGUUGUUUCCCGAAUCUCUUGAUGGAAUAUACCUUUUUUUGACUGUUUUAAAGUCGUCAGCUUGGUAUCAAGUAAUUGUAUUGUACAAGUAAUGAAGAAUGGACGUUAUAAUCGUAGGCUAGCGGCUAUAUCGUUUUUGACUAAUAUAUCUUUAGAUGGUUCACCCAGGAAUAUCGAAUUUUUCCCAUCUAAUAUUAGUAGCAACAAUGAAGAUUAUGAUGUAUAUCAACCUUCUAGUGGCCAAGAUCAAUUUAAGCAUUCUAUCAGCAUUUCACCAACAAUCAAACAACACCCAGAUUCUGUCUUUUUAAACUCUUCUGCUGAUAGCAAUUCUAUUUUAUUUACAAAAUUUCUUGAUAAUGAUUUGUCAGGAACAUUUAGAGAAAGGACAAGUACAGUUGGAAGUGAAUAUGGCAGUGAAAAACACUACAGUACAUUUUAUAAAAAAAGAGUUUUUCAACAGCUACCUGAUGAUAAAUCUCAUGGUAUUUUCAGCAGUUCAGAAAGCAUGGUUUCAACAACUGGAAGCAGAAAAGAAUUCCAGCUGACACAACUAACAAAAGGAAAAAAACUAAGAGGCCACAGAGUUGUCAUUGUUUCAAUAACUAGAAGAAUCCCUGUAGCAAUAUAUUCUGUGAUACCUUAUAACAAAUUCAAAGGUGAAAUAAAAAAUUUCACAGCUGUAAGAAGAAGAAAUACUUCUGGACCUAGACCAUUGUCAGCUAUAAAUGAUGCAGUUGAUGCAUGGUCACUUAUUGGAAUUGAAAGAGAAAGACAGCGCGAAGAGAAUUCUUAUUCUCAGUACCUGGCUCCAUCAAAAUACAUAAAAAUUCUCGAACAUGGAGAUUCUAAUAACAAACAUACAUCUGUGUCUAGGUGUUAUUCUCAUGAUUCAGGAACCUAUCGGACUUAUCCUAGUUCACCACCAAUUUCUUCUGAAAAGGGUGGAGAUACUUCUGAUUAUGAUCCCAAUUUGCUAGAUGAUCCAGAACUUAUUGCUGGGAAGCAUAGGACACUUUUACCUUUUAAGUCAUAUAUAACAUCAGUGAUUCAUUAUGUUCGAGCAGCAGACUUAAAGAAAGAAUUGAACGAUAAGUUCAAAGAGAGAUUUCCUACAAUAGAAUUAACACUUAGCAAACUUAGAAGUUUAAAAAGGGAAAUGAGGAAAAUUGCAACUCCUGAUCUUCUCACAACUGCAUAUGCCUAUGUUUACUUUGAACGCUUGAUUCAUCUCAAUCUUAUAAAUAAACAAAAUAGAAAACUGUGUGCUGGUGCCUGUUUGAUAUUGGCUGCUAAGCUUAACGAUAUUAAAGGAGACCUCCUUAAACAUCUAAUUGAAAAAACCGAAGGCAUCCUCAGAGUGAAUCGAAGAGAAUUAAUACAGUCAGAGUUUGUUGUACUUGUUGCCUUGGAAUUCGGACUGCAUGUACCAACUAGUCAUGUGCUCCCGCAUUAUCAUAGACUUCUUUCAGAAACUUAAUUUAUUUUUCUGUUGCCCAUAAUUUCUUUAAUUUAUUUUAUCAACUGCUUCUCAAUCAUUAUUAGUAAAUGCCUUUUAACCAAGUUUGUUUGAAUUCGCCUAUAAAAUAAUUAUCAUAAAGACUUUCUUAAUACACACUGUUUAAAAUUGCCUACCUUUCACUA